AUGGCCACCACAAUAAUGGAAAAGGAUGAUAAAAUUAAUGAGCUGGAAGCCCAAUUGAAGACAGUCGAAGAGGAAUGCGGAACGAGAGGAAGGACCCUCAUAUCUCGGGCGGACCAAAUCACUCGACUGCAAGCAGAAGCGGAAAUUCUGAAGGAAGCAAAGAAGGACCUCGAUAAGACCCUCGAUCAAAGGGCAAGCACAAUUAUCGAGCAGAUGAAAAAGGUCACCGAAGCAAACGAGAGUUACGAGAAGCUAAGAAAGGAUGCAAAUGAUUUGGUCAAGGAAUACCGACAGAUAGACUCGUUGAACAAAACGCUCCAAGAGGAAAUCAAAGCGCUUAAAAACUCAGCAAAAGCAAAAGAAGAGGAAACAACUAAACAGCACUUAAAGGAGCCGAAACGGAUAGAGUCUCCGCCCCCUGGAUACGGUGAAGUCCACACGGUCGAAGGCAGCUUCCAUUUCGAAGCACCCAAAAAGACUGGAAUGGGCAGAACUGACGACCACGAUAAAGAAAAGGUCAAAAAGGAAGACACCGAGUCGGCGAAGGUGCACUCGGGACCGAGCGGCGGGAGUAACUCAAAACAGCAAAAAAAUACGCACGAUGAUAUGCCAGAGGAAACCAUCGUCUAUAAAUCCGACUACCGCCUAGAUGAUCGGGAAGACCCACGAGAUCGCCAAAACGAGCAGGAAAGGGUAGCUCGUGAAGAAGAGAGGCGAGAAAGAGAACACCGCGCGGAAUACCACGCUGAAGCACAGCGACUCCGUCGCGAAGAAAGGGAAUUCAGAGGGAUCAUGAGAGCCAUGUCCCGGAAAUCCGCACUGAUUGACUUCAAUGGCAACCGAGAAGCCUUACUCGGUUGGAUCCGUCAGGUCAAGGAGACUCAGAAGACGUAUGACCUUUCUGAUGCAGCAAUGAUGCUGGAAGUCGCCAACGCAGUCAAAGGGGACGCUAAGGCUUGGUUUGAUGCGGAAAGAGAAAUCGACGAUGAGGAAGAGGCAGACGAACUAACCGUCGAUGAAUGGAUGACGAAGUUCAAAGAACAUUUUGGCGAUCGUGACGAAGGGGUCAACGCCUUAAGGGAAGCUAUGACAAGAAAGUUUGAGACCGGCAAGGAAACGCUUGAUCAAUUUUAUCAAGCGAUCAUGCGCUUCAAAUCGAAACGGGUCAUCACAGAAAAGCAGGCCAUCGGAUUCCUCAUCCAAGGAUGUCAGAUCGAAGAAGUCGCGAAUGGGCGACAAAACCAGUCAUGCCCGGCGCCGGUGCCAGGAUACAAUAUGGAAUUCCGCCUCUAG